AUGAUCCCAACAGCGGCGCUUAUAGUCCUUGCUAUCGUGGGGGUAAUCUGCACCGUCACGAUGAUGAUUGCAAUCUGGCACUCGGUCUCGAGCAGCCUGAAUCCUCCAGAACCGAGAAACGAUGAGGAGCAAAAGGUUGAACUUUCCUCAAACGAGAGCACCGCUCGUCUGACAAUUGUUACUCAAGCACGUUCACAAGCACCUGAAGCCGAAUCUCCUCCACCGCUUGCGGCAGGAGAGAUUCACCCAAGAUCAACGAUCCCCUCGACCAAGAGUCCAAAAAAGACAGAUAGCAUGAACGAAAUUAUCGAUAUUUACAGCAGUAGAGGAAACAACGGUGCUGCCCCUGCAAAAUUGGCACCACCCAGGAGUACGACAUUUGCAGAGGCUAAAUCCAAAUGGGCAUAUUUUGGACUAGUUGAAGAUCAAUAUGCACUUUGA